CCAACGUUUACAUUUCGCUACUCUGUAAAAAACCAACGUUUUUCUUUCUUUCUCUUCAUCCCCACUCUCUCUUUUUAAAAAAAAGCACACAGAUUAUUAACAAACAUCAAAAACAUACAGCAGAUAUAAAGACAUCAUGGAAUAUGCCACUUCACUUCCUCACUUCCGUGAGUCCUUCACUUCCUUCGAGUCUCCUUCAGAUUACACUUAUUCAAACACAUGCAUUGCUCCUCUCUCUGCAUCCUCUCUGCAAGCAUACAACUCCAUGAAUUCAUCCAUGAUGACCAAGAAGAGGAAAGCACACGACUUUGAUUUCCCACUGCAGAACAAGGAUGAAUCUCAUGCACCCAAGCGUUUGAUGUUUAAUCAAAGCCAUAACCAUGGUGUUAUUGCUUUCCCCAGUACUCGCCAGCGCCAAGAAUCUAACUGUUCUGUGGCCUCGACUUCAUCCUGGUCGUCAUCUGCAUCCUUUUCCACUGUUUGCUCGUCCGCAACAAUCCCAACCACCGCCGCUCUCCCUGAUCUCUCUUCAUCUCCGACAAAUCGAUCCAUGUCAUCUCGUUCGCCUUCCCCAUCCUCCGAGUUGGGAUCCGACUCUGAGGAAUUCAACCCCUUGUGGCAUCUCUGCGAUGCAAUUGCGCUGUCCGAGAGGCAGCGCACGUCUGUUAAUGGAACUGCGAAGCAAUUAACACUGCCUAACACAAUGCACAACCAGGUCAAUGAUAGUAUGUAUGGUCUCAAGAUCGUGUUCCUAGAACCGAAUUGGUUAGCUGAGCAUAUUGCUAAAUCUAAAAAGGUGGCUGCGCUCAAGAAGCAGCGUCGCCAAUAGAACAAGUAACUGGCGAUUGCACCAGCUCAUUCAUUUCUUUUAUAUACAUACUUUUUUAUAUUACUCUUCCAACAAGAAGGCUAAGAUGUCUUUACAAUUAAUGAUACUCACUGGUUGUUUAGGCGUUGGCUUUCAUUCAUGCGUUUAUUUGAUUAGUAUAAUUUUUUCCCCCCUUUCUUUAUUCUGUAUAUAGUCUACUCUCUUUUUUUUUAUUCAUCUCAGAGGGUCUUCAUUGUGUUCAUUUGUGUACCAACAAACAAACAAAAGAAAUCAAUACGGUUUAUUUGCAUAUAUUCGGUCUUUAGCGUCAUAGCGUUUUCCAACUUCCUUCUCUUAUUAAAUAAAAAAUCCCUUUUUCUUGCACAACAUCUGAGUGUGCUCACAAC